UUUUAAGUAUUUUUUUGUUUUUGCAAUGUCUUUGGAUUAUUUUAACUAACUGUAUUUACAAGAAUGUGUAGCACUUUGUUGGAUAGGGGAGCGUUGUUAUUUUUUUAAGUGGUGGUUACUAUUGAGAUCUGAGAAGGUUGUGGCAUUUGGUUGAUGUCUUAGUGUCAAUAGCUGUCUUGUUAUGGUAAUAUGUUAAUAAUGGUAAUGAAUGGUUUUUUAAGGAUUAAUUUGUGAAUAAGGAAUGAGGAUACGGCAAAGUGUUUGAACUUUGUUUCGGAUAUGCGGUAUUAGCACCGUUCUUCACUUGUUUCUUCAAAUGGGAGGCUGCAAAAGCUGCAAUAAGUUUCUCAGUAUAAUAGCUUAAAUUAUAUUAUUUUAUAUCAUUUUGAAUUUUUGUUUGUUGAUCAUCCACCCCUCCCCCCAAACCCUACUUUUUCUUGGCAGAUGCUUGGAAAUUCAUUUCAAAGGAAGCCUACAAUCUUGAGAAAUGGGGGUACUCCACCAGUGGUUAAACCAAAACGAAGACCAUCUUUACAAUAUGGUGAUAAGUGCCACCGUUCCUCGCGCAGCAUGUCUGUUAGUCCUACUCCUGAACGUGUUCGUGUCAGGGGCGGUCGCCAGCAUUUAACACCAUAGCAUCCACUUUUGAGAAGCCUAAAGAUAGGAACCUUUCAACCCCACCUCCAAUUGUGAGAAAAGUGUAUCCAAAAUCAGGGACAGCAAACUUGAAUACUCUUUCUCUUGGUCUUGGAUCUAAGUUUUCAGCCAUAGCUCGGCUUACUUCUAGUUUUGAAAUGCCUUCAGCACGGGAAAAGUUGAUACCUCAGUCGCUUAGAGUGACUUCCAAUACACUCAAAUCAAACCCAAAAAGAAGUGAUAGUGAGGAUUCUAUGAGCAGCGGAUUAGAAUCUCUUACAGAGGAAGAUGCAAAAGAAGGUGAAGCUGACGACGAUGAAGGACUCCCAGUUUAUCCGUAUGGUAGCGUUAACACAGCUUCUAGCAAUCCAGUACCAGACAACGAGAGGCUUAUCUGUCAGCAACAGAGUUCAAAGAAAAACUUGGCAUGACGAAGACUGAAUCUUACAAGUUGCCGAAAUGGAAACAAAACAAACUCAAAGUGACCGUUCAAUUGUUCUGAGGUUUACAUUAUACUUUGCCUCGUGUUGAUUCAAUGCAGUUCAAGUUGCAAGUAGAAGGAAACUUUGCCUGUCACUGUCUACAUAUUUUUUAACUUCCACAUUGUUGUCUUUGCUCUUUUUCUUAUACACCUCAGAUAUGCUAUCUAUUCUGUAGUGAUAAACUGGCAUGGAUUGAAAGGGACAGCAUCAGUGUUUUUUAACAUAGCUGCUUCUGCUCCUCCCAAGAUGGAUUUCAUGAUGUAGAGAGAAACUGGAGAUUUUCCACCAUUCUCCACCUUUAUUUG